UUUUAUCUGUCUGAUGAGAGCACUAAUGGAGAUGGAAAUCGACUCUUCUCAGUGGAGCCUGGUGACAGGACAAGUGGCCAGGUGGACACUCUGAAACAUGGGAAGUUCCAUCUGAACUCAAAAAAUCACUUUUUUACUGAGGGUGGUUGAACAUUGGAACAGAUUGCCCCGGAGAGUUUGUGCUAUCUCUGUGGAGAUACCCAGACAUAACUGGACACAGUCCUGGUCAAUCUUCUCUAGAUAACCCUGUUUUGAACAGUGGGGUCAGGCUAGACAGUCUCCAGACAGUCUUCCAACUUCAACUAAUCAGUGAUACUGUGAAUUAGAGCCUUUCUCAGCUAACUCAGUCUGUUUAUCAUGAAGGAAACAGGGAGAGCCAGAGUAAAAUACAAUGUGGUGGUUUGGAAUUGACAUCAAAGCUUAGAGAAGUUUUAACCUGGAGGAUAGAACUGGUGAAGGACCUUCCUGCAAACUAGGGCUUGACUGGCAGGUCCCAUGGUGGUGACUAGGCUAUGUGUCCCUCAGCCAAGAGGAGCCCAUAGGAGUAACCUCCUAUCAGCGCUGCCUGUCUGGGCCCGAGGAGUCCCCCCAGAAGCAUGGCAGCUGAGAAAAAGAUGAAGCUAGAGGAAUCUUCCUGGCAGGCUGCUGGCUGCCUAUCUAUCUUUGUGGGUACAGCUCAGCCCUGGCCUGUCUUUCUUUUUCUGGUUUUGUGUUGGAGGCAGCAUCUGUGUCUUUCACAGACACACUCAGGAACAGAACUCUGCUCUGUCAUGUUUCAUUUUCCAGACCAAAACCAAAAUACUGAGGCCGAUUCUUGUAUGUCUGGGCUUUGUUAUUUCUGCUAGCAGUCUUGAUUUCCCAAAUUGUGAGGGGUGAGGGGGAACCCCCUUGUUAAGCAUUACAAAUGCCUUGACCUGGAAGUCUUCUGUUUUUAUUGUCUUGCCACAUUUUGUGCAUAUCAGCAUUUCAGUUAACCACUUCUAACUUUUUGUCAGUCAAGUUCCUUUUUAAAAAUAGACUUUUAAUACCCUGAAAAGUAAAAGGCAGGUGAAAAUCCUUUUGUCACGACCAGUCGUGUUUUGCGGAGUACAGUGUUCCGUAUUUGAUGAAGUAAACUGUCUCAAGCUGGGACAGAAGCUGAUCUGGAUUGAUAAGAAUCCUAGAAAUGGGAUUAGCUAGGUGAAUGUGCUGACCUGGUAAGAUGUAGAAGUGGCUACAAGACAGUAACAGAUCAGACAUUUGACAGCAACGUGGCAGGGUUUGGACUUAUGAAUUACUUCCAGCAAAGGUCAGCACUGUGCCAGCAGGAAAGAUGUCAUUCAGUUUUCUUACAGAAUGUAGUAACGUAUAUGUCUGUGAUUAUCAUUCCUGUGUUUUCUAUUAGUGCUUUAUUUAGGGCACUAUUUUGUUUUGACAGUUUUGAGAAACUUCCUGUGGUUUGACUCUUUAUGAGCAGAUGAUAUCUAAAUCUUCAAAUGACAUUCAAAUGAGUCAUUUUAUCAGGGUGAAAGAACACACUUGGCACACACAUGCGCAUGCAGGAAAAGAAAAUGCAGUUCCUAAAAUGUCAUGUGAGUUUUUUCAGUCGCGCCAGAGACAGGACUGAUGGUACUUGCUCCCUGACACACUGAAAUAACUGCUUCACUCAGCUGCAGAAUGCCUCAAGCCCUGGGCAAUAGCAGUUCACAGGAACAGGCUGCUGUAUAUUAUGCACCAGAAUCAAUUGUCUCCAUUGCUAUCUUCAUCAUCGUUUUCAUCAUAGGUAUCCCAGGCAAUGGGUUGGUGAUCUGGGUAGCUGGUCUGAAAAUGAAAAGGUCUGUGAACACUGUCUGGUUCCUAAACCUUGCUGUGGCUGACAUCAUGUGCUGCCUGUCCUUGCCGUUUUCCAUUGUUCACCUGGCCCUUCAUGAACACUGGCCCUAUGGCUGGUUCCUCUGCAAAGUCAUUCCAUCAGUCAUAAUCUUCACCAUGUUUGCUAGUGUCUUCCUACUUGUGGCCAUCAGCAUUGACCGGUGCCUCCUGGUGAUGAAACCCGUCUGGUGCCAGAACCACCGAACAGUGAAAUUUAUGUUGCUAAUAUGCGGCGGCAUUUGGAUCCUGGCCUUCAUUUUCUGCUGCCCUGUCUUCUACUACCGUGAGACAAGCAUUUACGAUGGCAAAACGGAGUGUCGGUACAAUUUUGGAGUUGAUGAUUAUAUAGAUGAUCCUGUAAAUGUGUCUCUAAAUGAGUUAGGGGAAGAAUACUCAACCUACAAUGAUAGUGACUUGUGGAGAAAUACCAGUGAAGGUAAUUAUUCGGUACCCCUUGCCUAUGUGAUAAUAAACAUCACUAGGGUUAUCUUUGGCUUUGUGCUCCCCUUUGGCAUAAUGGCAGUUUGCUACGCCCUCAUUGUUUUCAGAACACGUGCAAAUCAGUUUCACAAGCCACACAACAGGAUGCUGCGAACAAUUGUGUUCGUGGUAGCUGCAUUCUUCAUCUGCUGGGCUCCAUACCAUAUAGUUGGGAUUCUCUGCACUGUACCUAGUCUUGGAACAGGACUGAUGGAGUCACUGAUCCUUUGGGAUCACCUCUCUACAGCACUUGCAUAUGCCAACAGCUGCAUCAACCCCCCACUUUAUGUUUUUGUGGGACGGGACUUCAGGGCAAAGGUACGGCAAUCGGUGCAAAGAAUCUUGGAGGGUGCCUUUAGUGAGGAACUCACAUCUUCAACCCUUCACAGAAGCCAGACUUCAGCAGAGAAGAACCUUAGCAGCACCUUGUAAUGCAGGACUUCCUAUCACCAGUGUAGAAAGAGCAAGCUAUGGCGCUGCACAUCAAUCACUCUCCACUUAGCAGGUGAUUUUGCUCCAGCAUGUUUGACUAAUCUGCAGCUCCAACCCAGGACACUGCAAUCAUUCCGAUCAUGACAGAUAACCCCCUCUCUAUCCUACACUAGAGAGAUGGGAAAUUGGAAGUACCGAGUAAAAAUCUGAGGGAUGACUGUGGUGAAGCAGAAGACACAGUAUUUUAAACCUACACAGAGUAUUUUGAGAAAGCAAGGCUGGCUACAGAUUUGUGGUGGGAAUCAUGUAGUUGGACCUCUCAACUGAGAUGAGAAUGUUAUUUUAUUUGCAUAUGUCUAUGUUCUACAGCUCCUGUCUCUGAUAAAGUGCAGAUAAAACUAACUCCGAUGCUGCUCCUCAGAAGGUCAUCACAUCUUCUUCCUGUGACUCUACUAGGAGUCUGAGGUGGGUGUGGGAAUAUCUGAAGAUUUCCGUAGAGGGUACUGCUACAUUUCCUUACAGCCAUGCACUAGAACAGCACUUGCCCCAGUCAGCUGCACUGAACUGACUUUUGUGCCCUGGUACACACCCAAUAUAUUUCUUUGUUCUGGCAAAUACAUCACUGUAGGGUAGUAACUGGUCAAUACACAUGCUGUACCUAUGUUCAUUAGCAUGUGCACACUCGCUGUUUCCCCAACACUCCCUCCACCACCAGAGUGCCAAAUCUUCCUUUUAGGAAGUAGUUUGAGAUUAUCCAAAUGUACCUACUGCAUUCUGAGAUGGCACACAAGCAGAAUUUGAGCAACUGCAGUCAUUAAUGACCCAGAUUAGGUGACUGCUGGAAUAUCAGCCAUUUGGCAAAACCCUGGAACUGAGAAGUGAUAACCCUGGAACUGAGAAGUGAUUUUGACCCCGAGAAGGUGGGGAAUGACCAUGUUGUGGCUCAGUCACAUCAGGCUCUAUUUACAAGAGAGAUCUGCUUCUUAUGCCCUUCCAGCAAAGAAAAAGUUUCAUCCAGUCAGGUUGUUUGGGGUGUUCCCAAGACUGAAUGUUCCCUGCUCCUGAAAAGCAGAAAUAUAUUUAUUACAUACUCUAUGGAAGCAGUUUA